ACCGUCUAUUCCGCUAACGAAGAUAUAUGUGCUUCAGUAAUCAAGAUGGCAGCAUAUAUGUGAUUAGAGGGUUGCCUCGACAUAAACGGAACACGCGUACAUGGAAUAUUGACUUUGUAUUUAUUUUACUACAUCAAUAUUUAAUACAAUAAUUGAAGGAAUAAUAAACGAAGACCAGAAUUUAUGACAUUUCUGCAUAUGUUCAGGGAGUGGAAGCUGAAUUCUGUGAUACUGUUUUAGAAUAUAUUUGGCUAUUGAAGUAAAAGAUCUUUACAAUGACUGCCAGACGUGCCAAAAUACAGAUAAAACCAAAGAUUGUUCCAGGAAUCUCAAAACGGGAUCCAAACCGAAAUGGAACAAAUAAAACUUCAAAUGAAAUUCCAGGAGAACAUUCCACUCUUCAAGAGUCAAGUUCUGGACCAUCUGAUACAGAUAAACAAAGUAACACUAAACCCAUUCAGCAACAAUCUGCAUUUUCUCUUCGACCAAAAACUGGUUUGCGUGGUUCUGUUGCACCUCGUCUACAUGGCUCAAUGGACUCAAUGAAACACAUUCCAACAGCAGCACCUGGUAAUGCGCCAUCUGACCCGAAUAGUGAGGCUGCAGUUUCUGUUGCAACUGACCAGUGUAGCAGUGGUGGUACAACAUCUAGUACUGUAGUAGCUGCUGACCAGAGUAUUAAUGCAGCACCUGGAAAUCAGGUGGCUGAGCUGUCUACUCCUGUUGUAGCCCCAGUUAAAGACUUAGAGAAACAACCCGAUCAGGCUAUUGAAGGGACCCUCACUGCAAAUAUUUUGGAGGCUGAAAAUGCUGAGAACUCUUCCCAAGUAUCUUCUUCUGUUAAAGAAGUGGAAAAAGGUCCACUGACUACAGGAAAUACUUCAAAACCUGCUGUGAAACCUGUUAUUUCUAGACGGUCACGGUUCUCUGUGCAACCAAAGAUCAGGACAAAAGUUCCAAAUCAGUCUGGCGGCAGCAGUAACCCCAGUAAACCAGCCAUUCCUUCUGUGUUGGAAAACCAACAUGUUUCUUCAGAAGUCCAAAAAGCCUCUCCUGCAACAAAGAAUGAUGAACCAAAAUUGCACUCAAAACCCGUGUCAGAAAAUAAUGAUACGACUGAAUUGGUAGAAGGCAUAACACAAGAGACUCGGAUAGAUUUAUCCAAACCUAACACUGAUGCAGUUGAUAAGAUUGAAAAAGAUGUAUCUAAUGACAAAACUUUGUCCAGUAGUGAUAAACCAGCUAUAGGUGCAACAGCAGAUGGUAAAAGCUUAACCAACAGUGGUAAAACAGCUAAUGAUAUAGUAUCAGAUAACAAGACAUUACCUGUCAGUUGUAAGACACUCAUUACUGCAUCACCUGAUGAUAAAGACUUAGGUAGUAGUAAGACAGCUAAUGAUGUGACAACAGAUGGUACAAACUUACCUGCCAGUGGUAAUACAGUUACUGUUGCGACAUCUGAUAAGAACAUACCAAGCAGUGGUAAAACAGUUGCUGAUCCAACAUCUGAUAGCAAAGCCCUUCUCAGCAAUGAUAAACCUACUACCGAUGCAGCAUCUGGUGGUACGACAUUACCCAGUCCUGGUAAACCAGUUACUGAUGAAACAUCUAAUGAUAAGACCUUAUCCAACAGCAAUAAACCAACUAUUAAUACUCCUCAAAAAGUUAUUUCCAGGAGGUCAAGGUUUGCUCUUCAGCCAAAAAUCGGUGCCAGGCCAGGCAAUCGUCCUUAUUGUACAAGUAGUCCCCAAGUGAAACCAACUGUUAGAUUUCAAGAGCUGGAGAGAAAGCAACAGUUACCAGAACAUAUAAAAAAACUUUCUGAAGAGAAAACAAUUGGAUUAUCAACCGUAGUGGUGUUUCAAGAUGGUAAAGAGUGUGAGUUGAUUGACCCGACACCCCUUUCAGCUGAACCUGAAGCAUCUCCAUCACCAAAAAGUGCCACUUCAGAAAUAUGUUCAAGCAGUCAGGUGGAAUCCCUCAGUCCAUCAGCAGAAUCUGGUGAUGUGACAGACUCAUCAUCACUAAGUGAGAAAAACAAACUGAUUCCACAGAUAAAAUCUUCUGAUGAAAUUGUUGCUGCUGCUACAAAUGUUUCUAAAAGCCAAGAGCUUGAAACCAAAUCCCCUGUUUCAAGACGUUCAAAGUUUCAAGUACGACCAAAGUUGGGAAUUACUAAAAGACCAGAGAACACAACUGAAGAAUGUGUAAACCAAGAAACUCAAAAGUCAACAAAAAAUUUGAAACCAACCAUCUCCAAAUUACCUUCAACCAAAGCUGUUAAAAGUUUGGGAACUGCCAAUAGCUUUACUAAGCUGGUCAAUUCAGAACCAGAUGGAUCUUCUACAGACCACACUCCUCCCAAAGUUCCAAGGACCAUGAAGGAUGAUAGCCAUGUAGACAACACCAAACAGAAGGAUUAUCCGGUCACCUUGCCUAAGACAGUUACAAAAUCCAGAAAAACUCUUCCUCUUCGAGAGAAACAAAAGAAGCCUGACCUUUCCGAACAUCCUGCUGACAAGCCACCAGAUCGAUCUAAAAUGAAAAUGAGGGAUUUAAUAUAUUGGAAUCCAGUAUCAAGUCCUAUGAAAUCUCCCGAAAAGAAAACUACUCGGACAAUACGAAUUGGAGAAGAAACGCCACCUAAGGUCCCUGAAACACAAAGUAAUGAAAACGAGCCUUUUGCAGUGCCUCAGGUUAAGAUUGGUGCCGAUGGAAACAUUGUUAUCAAUGAAGAAAGUUUAGUAAUCAGCAAUACUCAACCAUCAGCUCCUAUUUGCUCUGAGACUGUAGACGAGACGGAUAUUUAUUCAAAUUAUGGUAGUUUCCGGAAAUAUACUCCCAAGUCUAAAUGGUCUCUGAAAGAAACAAAGAAAUUUUUCUUGGCUCUAAGUACAGUUGGAACUGAUUUCUCAAUGAUGUCAAAUUUGUUUCCCAAUAAAACUAGGAGAGAUCUAAAGAAUAAAUUUAAACGUGAAGAGAGAAAAAACAGAUGGCUGAUAGACAAAGCAAUAAAACAACAGCUACAUUUUGAUGAACAUUUGUUUGAAGACAAAUCUGAAAGUGAAGAUGAAGCAGACGAAGAGGAAGCUUCUGCCAAGAAGACAAAGCAAGAGAAAACUGCCAAAAUAAAGAAGAAUAAUAAAACAGCAGCUGCAAAUACUCCCAAGAAAAAACAAAAGAAAGUUUGCAAAAAGGAUUUCAUCAUUGACACUGGGAAUGAAACCGGUAAAAAGCCUAACAAUGUGGUCCAAAGAGCUCAACAGGAGAAAGUCAGCAACAACCAAACAAAUGCAGAGGAAGAGGUUGUGGGCAUAUUAAUGGAACUUGGUCGGAGCGGAUCAAUGAGUACGGGUGAAGAGAAUGCUACAACCAGUGCUGUGGACAGCAGCAAGACUUGUCCGUCCACUAUCACAGAGGAAACUCCAGAGUCAACCAAAGCAGUUGGUGGCAAAGAGAUUCCUGCAACUAAUCAAAAUGCCACACCAAAUUUGGUGGAUAACUCUGCUGAAGUUGUUAAAGAUAGCAGUUCAUUGGCAAGAACAUUUCUACAGCAAAUGGGCUUGAACAAACACAUCAAUACUUUACAAGAUGAGAUUGUCAGCAUCACUGAAGCUGAGAUUAGCAAUGAUAACGGCACUCAAAAAGUAAUAUUAGUUGAAGUACGUCCUAAGAAUCAAAAGCAGACUGUUGUUCACAUGUACCUUGUGUCUCCAACAAUGGCAUCAAAGACAGAUGCAAGUCAAAACAGCUCAGCUGAGAACCCAGCGAAUGUAAAUUCUGGUGUUCCCCAGAUGUCAGUACCAGCACUGGUAACAACAACUACAUUACCUCCUCCUCCUCCACCAACAUCCACACUGGAAACUGCAGCAUUACCUCCCACUCUUGUGCAAGCACAAGUAACUUCAACAUUACCACCCCCUCCUGCACAAAUACUGGCCACCACGUUACCUCCUCCUGCACCUACACAAGUAACCUCUGUGUUACCUCUCCCUCCUACUCAAACACAAAUAACUACAACAUUACCUCCUCCUCUUCCUGCACAAACUCAAGUAACCUGUAUGUUGCCACUGCCUCCAGGACAAACACUAGUAACCUCUACAAUACCUACCCCUUCUACGUCCACUCUAGUAACUGCAACGUUACCUCCUACUGUGCCUACAGUGGUAACUUCAACGUUAACAACUCCUCCCUCUGCCCCCAAACUGAUAACCCCACUGUUACCUACACAAACAGAAGCAACAACAACUAGUUCUACAGCUAUUACUACUAAUGUUACUGCAGAAACUGCUUCUGCUACAGUAUUUGCACCAAGUAGGUGA